AUGUGCUGCUAUGAGUGGCAGUACGCCGUGCCGCCGCUGCGGAUGCCGCCGCCCACCGCCGGCGGCAUCAACGAGCCGCAAGAGUGUCCGUACUGUCGCAGGACAUUCUCUUGUUACUAUUCCCUGAAGCGACACUUCCAAGACAAGCACGAGCAGUCGGACACGCUGUACGUGUGCGAGUUCUGCCACCGGAGGUACCGGACCAAGAACUCGCUGACCACGCACAAGAGCCUGCAGCACCGCGGCUCCAGCGGCAUGCUGAAGCGGCUGCUCAAGACGUCGGCGCUGCACGGCGCGCUGGCGCCGGCGCCGCACCUCUUCGACCUGGGCGCCGGCGACCACGGCCCGCUGCCGCCCGCCCUGCAA